AAACCUGCUCAACAAAAAACAUGGGUUGCACUCAUAAUUGUUCUGAAACUCCUUUGGGUCCUAUCUGUAUAUGUCCACUUGGAAAAGUGCUGAAUGAUUCAAAAACCUGUAUUGAUGUUGAUGAAUGUGCCACUCCCGGAGCUUGCAGUCAGCAGUGCAUCAACACUAAAGGUUCAUUUAAGUGCCAGUGCAAAGAUGGUUAUACGCUUACAACAGAUCGUCACACUUGUAAAGCAAUAAAUGCCAGCAGUGCCUUUUUAGUAAUUUCUAAUCGUCGUUCGAUUUUGGUUGCCAAUUUAAACACAACUACAUUAGAAAGAGUUCCAGUCAGAGUGGAAAAUGUUGUAGCUACUGCUUCAGAAAUGGCAACUGGUACUAUUUAUUGGUCUGACAUGGUUCUUAAAAAGAUAUUCCGUCUAACCAAAGGUGGUGAGCCCGAAGUGGUUGUUGGAAGUGGCUUGGAUUUAGUAGAAGGUCUUGCUGUUGAUUGGGUAGGCAGAAAUUUAUACUGGGUUGAUUCUCGUCUUAAGACUGUUGAUGUAUCAACUCUUAAUGGAGAACAUCAUAUGGUUCUGUUAAAUGAAAAUAUCAGCCAGCCAAGAGGAUUAUCUAUUGAUCCUAGUGAAGGUUCUCGUAUUAUGUUUUGGACUGACUGGGGUGAGAAUCCAAGAAUUGAAAGUUGUGGCAUGGAUGGUACUUUAAGACGAGUUAUAGUGCAGACUAAAAUUUCCUGGCCUAAUGGACUCACUAUAGAUAUCCCCAACAAGCGAAUAUAUUUUGCUGAUAGUAAAUUAGACUACAUUGAUUUUUGCAACUACGAUGGAUCUGGUCGCCACCAAGUUUUGGCCAGAAAUCAUUAUUUACUACAUCCCCAUUCUCUCACCAUUUUUGAAGAUACAUUGUACUGGACAGAUAGGCAGCUAAAUCGAGUGUUAUCAUGUCAUAAAUUUAAAGGCAUUAAUCAAACCGUUGUGUCACAUCUAGUCGGUCAACCACUUGGUAUUCAUGUUAGUCAUCCCAUUCUCCAACCUCCCUCUGUUAAUACUUGCGAAAAUGCCACUUGCAGUCAUUUGUGUCUUCUAUCUCCAUCCCAUUCAUCUGGAUAUACCUGCAAAUGUCCUCCUGGAUACGGCAGAGACACCAAAACAGCUGAAGGAAACUGUGUACCAGUGGAUACACCAUAUUUAAUGAUAAUGAGAACUACUCAGUUAGUUGAUAUGAGUCUGACUCCUGGAGAUAAGACAACUGGCUAUUUUACGCCUGUAAUUGGAAUUGAAAAUGGUUAUGAUUUUGAUUAUGACAAGAAAAGUGGCAUCAUUUAUUAUAUUCAGCUUGAAGAAGAAGAUAAAGAAAAUGGAACUAUAUAUAAAGUAUCUUUGACUGGAGGAAAUCAAACUAAAUUCCUUCCUGAAGGUUUUGUUGGAGCACCUUACAUUCUUGCAUUCGAUUGGGUAGGCCGGAAUAUAUAUGUUGGAAAUCGAAAAGCUUCAAAUUUUGAAGUUGUUAAGGCUGAUGGUGAAGAAGAUUUCAGAAGAGUCAUUUUAAACAACGAUGGCAAAGAAACUGGAGUAGCGAGACCGAAAGCUAUGGUUUUAGACCCUGAAGGAGGAAUGUUGUACUGGCUUGAUGAAGGAGGUUUUGGCGUACCAAUGAAAAUUGGAGCUGUUGCUAUGGAUGGCAGCAAUUCUCAUAUUCUUUUAAGAGAUGGACUUAUAAAUCUGGAAGCUCUUACAAUAGAUUUAUUUAAUAAGCGUUUGUAUUGGAGUCAACGAUUUGAAGGAGUGAUAUACAGUAUUACCACUGAAGGAAAAGAUAAGAAAACUGUAGUCUCAGAAGCUGUAGCAAAACCUCAAGGUCUUACUGUAUAUAAUAAUAAGUUAUAUUACUUGGAUCCUUUGCAUGAGAAAAUUGAGCGAGUUGAUUUACCCGAUGGCAGUAAUCCAGUUGUUCUUGAGGAUAAUGCUGUAGGACUUAUUACAAUGAAAGUAUACAGUAAAAGGCCAUCUUCCGAUAAUCAUCAGUGCCAUAAAAAUAAUGGAGACUGCCAACAGCUGUGUAUACCACUUGCUAAUAAUAAGCGGAAAUGCCUGUGUGGUACUGGAUUUCAAUCUGAUGGAGAGACAGGGUGCAGAGCUUAUCAGUCAUUUGCCAUUGUAUCAGAGCUGGAAAAGGCCAGAGGCUUUGGAUUGGAAGAUGCAAGUGAAGCUAUGGCUCCGAUAUCUGGUGCAGGGCACAAUAUUCUGCAUUUAGAUGUCCAUAUUGCAGAAAAUCAUAUCUAUUGGGUAGAAUUUAAUCAAGGUGAAAAGAAUGGUAUAUAUCGCAUAAAGCCAGAUGGAACAGAUCUUACACAUAUCAUUUCAGAUGGUAUUGGAAGUAACGGCAUUAGAGGAUUAGCAGUUGAUUGGAUUGCUGGUAAUUUAUAUUUUACAAAUGUGUUCCCUCAUGAAACCUUUAUUGAGGUAUCAUGGCUUGAUGGUUCAAAACGAAUGGUUCUUCUAAAAACUACCACAGAUUCACCAAGGGAAAUAGCAGUGAAUCCAAUAAAACGCUAUCUGUAUUGGAUUGAUUAUGGUCAAUAUCCAAAAAUUGAACAGGCUUUCUUAGAUGGAACUAACCGUACUCCCAUUGUAGUCACAUCAAUUAGCAGUCCUAGAGAUCUUACUAUUGAUAUUGAAACCCAUGAUGUAUAUUGGGUUGAUUCAAAAGAAGAUGCAGUUCAGAGAGUCACAUAUAAUGGAGGAGAUAGAACUUACGUAUAUCGGCGAUUGCCAAACCCAAUGGGAGUUGCUCUUCAUGGAUCAGAUAUUUACUGGGUAGAUCGAAAUCUUCGUACAAUAUAUAAAGCUCCUAAAAAUCCAACAAAUACUUCAAAACCAGAGCCAAUUAUGUCAGAUAUGGAUACCCUACGUGAUAUAGUUAUCUUUGAUGGCAAAAAUCAGCCUUCUGGAGAUUCUCCUUGUGGGCGCCAGCAAUCUAUAAAAUGUGAGCAGCUAUGUUUUGCUAUGCCAGAGAUGCAUACUGGAACAUCAUGGAAAUGUGCUUGUGCUUCUGGUGUUCUUAUGACUGACCAAAAGAAAUGUGGAGAUUUGAAUGAAUAUAUUGUGUUUACAACAAGAAAAGAAAUUAGGAGCCUUCACCUUGAUCCUAAAGUUACAAGUGUUCCAUUUCCACCCAAAACAAAUUUAUCAAAUGUUGUUGGAUUAGAUUUUGAUUACAAGGACAAAAAGAUUUUUUUCACUCAAAUACGUCCUGAUGGCAGCAUAUCGUGGGCCAAUCUCAAUCAAAUGGAUAAAAUAAAUGUGAUUUUAAAUAAAGGUGUAAAUCCAGAAGGUAUUGCUUAUGAUUGGACUAGAGAAAAGAUCUAUUGGACUGAUUCUGGAAAUCGCAGUAUAUAUGCUAUGAAUAUGGAUGGUUCGCAGAUAGUUAUGAUCACCAGAGUUGAAAGACCCAGGGCAAUUGUUUUAGAUCCUUGUGAAGGGUACAUGUAUUAUACUGAUUGGGGUCGAUUUGGAAACACUGGGAAAAUAUAUCGAGCUACAAUGGGCGGAAAUAAAAAAAUUGCUAUACUUGAAAGUAAUCUUACUCAGCCAAGUGGUUUGGCUAUAGAUUAUGAGGAUAGAAAAUUGUAUUGGACUGAUGCACUCAGGGAGAAGAUAGAACGGUCAGAUUUAGAUGGAAAGAAUCGAGAAGUACUAGUUUCUGCCACUAUAUACCCAUUUGCUAUCACAGUUUAUGGCAAAUACAUCUACUGGACAGAUUUACAACUAAGAGGUGUUUAUCGAGCAGAAAAGCAUACUGGUGCUGGAAUGAUUGAUAUGAUAAAGCGAUUAGAGGAGUCUCCACGUGAUAUUCACAUCUAUGCACCCGAUCGACAGAAGUGUGAUAAAGAUCUUUGCAAGAUAAACAACGGAGGUUGUGCUCAUUCAUGUCAUCCAGCACCAAAUGGAAGUGUGGAGUGCUUAUGUGCGAAAGGCUAUAAAGUUGUCAAUGAAGGUCGCAUGUGUGCUGCUGAAAAUAUAACUUGUGCUGAUAACAAAUUUACAUGUGGAAAUGGCAAAUGUAUACCUCGUUUAUGGGCAUGUGAUGGUGAUGAUGACUGUGGUGAUAACACCGACGAAGAUGAAAAGUUUUGUGCUCUACAUACAUGCAGUCCAGCAGAAUUCCGAUGUGGCAUCGGACGUUGCAUAUUCAAAAAUUGGAAAUGUGAUCAUGAAAAUGAUUGUGGUGAUGGGACAGAUGAAAUGGACUGUGUUUACCCACCAUGUGCUGAAGGAGAAUUCACUUGUGCAAAUUUCCGCUGCAUUCCAAAGUCUCAGUUAUGUAAUGGAGUUAAUGAUUGUAAAGACAAUAAAACAUCAGACGAGAGUCUGGAGCAUUGUGCAAAUAACAGGACCUGUCCAGGAAACCAUAUUAAAUGCAAUUCAACUAAUAUCUGUGUAGAACCAUAUUGGCUUUGUGAUGGUGAUAACGACUGUGGGGAUAAUUCAGAUGAAAAUCCAGCAUUGUGUGCUCAAAGAACUUGCCCACCUAAUAGUUUCAGAUGCUCAAGUCAUCGUUGUAUACCAGCAACAUGGUAUUGUGAUGGAGAUGAUGAUUGUGGUGAUGGAGCUGAUGAACCAGAAGAAUAUUGCAAAAGUGAAAAGAAAACUUGCUUUGGCGAUCUUUUCACAUGUGACAAUGGUAACUGCAUUCCUCGAAUUUAUAUUUGUGAUGGAGACAAUGAUUGCUUGGAUAAUUCAGAUGAAGAUGAACGGCAUCAGUGUGAAACUAGGGAAUGUGAUGCAGAGAAGGAAUUCACAUGUCCACAAAACAAACAGUGGGGACGUGCCUCUUGUAUACCUAAGAGAUGGGUUUGUGAUGGAGAUCCUGACUGUGUUGAUGGGGCAGAUGAAAACAGUACCUUGCAUAACUGCCCUCCCCCUGAUCCAUGUGAAGAGAACCAGUUUCAGUGUGAUAAUCGAAGGUGCAUUAAUAAAGAAUGGGUUUGUGAUCAUGAUAAUGAUUGUGGGGAUGGCUCUGAUGAACCAAAGAAUUGCACAUUUAGAAAUUGCACAGAUGAAGAAUUCACAUGUCGCAACGCUAAAUGUAUACGAAAAAUGUAUCAUUGUGAUGGUGAAGAUGAUUGUGGUGAUGGAAGUGAUGAGCUGGCCAAAGAUUGUGCAACGGAAGCACCUACCUGUCCUGGUGCUCAGUUUCGAUGUAAAAAUGGACAGUGCAUUCCAUAUGAACGUGUCUGCAAUAAGCAGAUUGAUUGUGAUGAUAGCUCAGAUGAACCUGCUCAUUGUCAUGUUGAUGAAUGUGCUAAAGUUGAAACAAAUCAGUGUGAGCAUAAGUGUGUCAACACCUUAACUAGUUUCUACUGUGAAUGCAAUGAAGGAUAUGAAUUAGCAAAGGACGAAAAGGCAUGCAGGGAUAUUAAUGAAUGUGUUGUGAAGCCUGAAGUAUGCUCCCAGUAUUGUUUCAAUACACCAGGUUCAUAUUAUUGUAAAUGCAAUGAAACAUAUUAUGAAAGAGAACUUGAUGGGCGUACAUGCAAAAGAAAGGAUGCAAUUGAACCAUGGAUCAUCUUUACCAAUAGAUAUUAUCUUCGAAAUAUGAGUACUGAUGGCAAAAAGUACAACCUGAUUAAAAUGGAUUUGAGAAAUGUAGUGGCUCUAGAUUUUGAUUAUUCAGAAGAUCGGCUGUACUUCUGUGAUGUAGGAAAUAAAACAAUAAGUCGUAUAUUCAUUAAUGGUACUGGAGAAGAAACUUUGAUAAGGCAUGACACACAAGGACUAGAAGGGUUGGCUGUUGAUUGGAUUGGAAGAAAAAUAUACUGGUUGGAUCGUACUUCAAAACAAUUAGAUGUUGCUGAACUUGAUGGAAGAAAUAGAAAAACCUUGCUGACGAAAGGAAUAUCUGAUCCGCGAGCACUUGCUGUUCAUCCUGGCAUUGGGUACUUGUACUUUACUGAUUGGGGACAUCAUGCAUAUAUAGCUCGUAUGGGAAUGGAUGGAAGUAACUUCUCACGCAUUGUCUUAUAUGAAAACAAACUUGUCUGGCCAAAUGCUCUCACUAUUGAUUACUUCAGCAAUAAAAUAUUUUGGGCUGAUGCUCAUUUAGAUUAUAUUGAAUUUGCAGAUUUUGAUGGGAAAAAUAGACAUCAAGUAUUAUCUGGCAAUUCUGUGCCUCAUGUGUUUGCAAUUACUGUAUUUGAUAAUUCCAUAUAUUGGACUGAUUGGAAUAUGAAAGGUGUUUACAGAGCUGACAAGUUUACUGGAGAAAAUUUACAAGUUCUUAGAAAUACAUCUCAUCGACCAUAUGAUAUUCACGUUUAUCAUCCUUUGCGUCAGUUACCAUAUAAAAAUCCUUGUGGCACUAAUAAUGGAGGAUGCUCUAACUUAUGCCUGAUUGCUCCAGGGGCAGAAAAGUACACUUGUGCAUGUCCAGAUAAUUUUGUGCUUUUGCCAAAUACUGUAGGACAUGCUUCUGCCAGUCAUUCAUGUAUAGCUAACUGCACUGCUGGCCAGCAUUUGUGUGGUGGACGUGAGUCUAGAUGUAUUCCCAUAUAUUACAAAUGUGAUGGAAAUAAGGACUGCAGAGAUGGAUCUGAUGAAGCAGGAUGUCCACCAUUUGUAUGCAAGCCGGGACAAUUUCAGUGCCGUAACAAUCAAAGCUGCAUUUCUCGUAUUCGUAUAUGUGAUGGUACUGCUGACUGCAGUGAUAAAUCAGAUGAAGAAUUCUGUGUUCAUGACUGUGGAGAACACAGUUUUAAGUGCAAAAGUACUGGUCGUUGUGUUUCUGAAGCAUGGCAUUGUGAUGGCGAUGAAGAUUGUCCUGAUGGAUCUGAUGAAGAUCCAGCCUUGUGUCACAAAAAAGAAUGUGAUCCUGAAACUCAAUUUAAGUGCAAUAAUGGAAAGUGUAUUCCCAAACUAUGGUACUGUGAUUUUGAUGAUGACUGCGGUGAUAAUUCUGAUGAGCCAUCACAUAGGUGUCGCAAUCGCAACUGUACCACUGGUUGGAGAAAAUGUCCCACACAUGGUAACUACCGAUGCAUCCCCAGUUGGCUUUUCUGUGAUGGCAAAGAUGAUUGCCGUGAUAAUUCUGACGAAACUGAUCCGGUAUUCUGUCCCCAGUGUCAUCAAGCUGGAGAUUUUGAAUGUAAAAAUAAAAGAUGCAUUCCUCUAAGAUGGAGAUGUGAUUUUGAAGAUGAUUGUGGUGAUAAUUCUGAUGAAGAUCCAAGUAUAUGUACUGAAUUAUAUCGAGAAUGCACUGAAAGUGAAUUUCAGUGCAGCAAUAAAAAGUGCAUACCAAUGAGAUGGCGUUGUGAUCAUGAUGAUGAUUGUGAUGAUGGAUCAGAUGAGCAAGGCUGCUUGAGUUAUGAAUGUCCGGCUGAUCAAUUUAAAUGCAAAAGUGGCCAUUGUAUUGCUAACAGAUUAAAAUGUGAUGGAAAUAAAGACUGUAAUGAUGUGUCUGAUGAACAAGACUGUCCACCUAGGUAUCCCAAUGGAAUGUAUUGUCAAGAAAACAUGUUUCAAUGCAAUAACACUGUGUGUAUUCGUCGAGAUUUCUUAUGCGAUGGGGAUAAUGAUUGUGGAGAUCUCUCUGAUGAAAAACCUGAAUUAUGCCGUGCAUUUUCCUGUAACAUAGGUCACAAAUUCCAGUGUGAUAAUCAUCGAUGCAUCCCAGUAUGGCAUGUCUGCAAUGGACAAGAUGACUGUGGAGAUGGUUCAGAUGAAAAUAAUCACACAAUGUGUCAAAAAACUCCAUUGCCAUGUACUAGAAGUGAAUUUAGAUGUGCCAAUCAUAAAUGUAUUCCUGUCACUGAAGUUUGUAAUUUGAAUGAUGAUUGUGGAGAUGAAUCUGAUGAAAGAGGCUGUCAUGUUGGUACAUGUGAUAGUAAACGUGGUGGGUGUGAACACAAUUGUACUGCUCUGAGUAGUGGUAGUGGAUACAUUUGUACAUGUCCAGUUGGGUAUAAAGUUGAUCAUGAAAACCCUAAGCUUUGCAUUGAUAUUGAUGAAUGUGCAAGUUUCGGUCACAACUGUUCUCAAAUAUGCAUCAACUUGGAAGGCACAUAUCAGUGCAGCUGCCAUAAUGGUUAUCAGAACUAUGGAAGACGUUGUGCUGCAAAUGGUGUGUCUCCCAUUGUCAUGUACUCAACUGGAUCAGAAAUUCGUGCUUUCCAGUUAAAAAUGGAUCACCAGUUUUCUUUCAUCACAGGUGAAAGCAGAAUACAGGCUUUAGAUUAUGAUGUAACAAAAGAUAUUAUGUACUGGACUGAUACCUCGGAAAAGACCAUAAAAAGAUCUUUUAUACCAGAUGUCAUGUAUCAAGACACGAGAAGUGGUUUUGCUCAAAAUCUGGAACUCAAAGGACUGACAAAGCCUUCAGCUUUAGCUGUUGAUUGGGUUAGUGGGCAUUUAUAUUGGAUGGACACAGAUUUAUCAAGUAGCAGACCUAAAGGUCGUAUAUUUGUCAGUGAACUUGAUGGUCGAUACAGGCAUGCUAUUGUUUCAUAUGGUUUAGAACAACCAACAUCUCUUGCAUUAGAUCCUGAGUUGGGUCUUAUGUUUUGGACUGAAGCAAGCAUGUCUCCAAAAAUUGAAACUGCAUGGAUGGAUGGUAGCAAGAGAAAAGUCCUAGUUAGUGAACGUUUAGGAUAUCCUACUGGUCUUGCAAUUGAUUAUGCUGGUGGUCACCGCGUUUAUUGGUGUGAUACAAAACUUGAUACCAUUGAAUCAAUGAAAAUAAAUGGAUCUGAUAGAGUGACUAUAAUUUCAGGUAUAAAUCAUCCAAUAUCACUUGACCUUUUUGAAGAUCAUUUGUAUUGGUUAACAAAAGAUGCUGAUGAUAUAUGGCAACAGGAUAAAUUUGGGCGAGGUGUGAAGGUUAAAAUCCAUGGAAGUGUUGUAUCACCUACUGCAAUCAAAAUUUAUCAUUCUCUUCGUUAUAAUUCAUCAAUUAAAAAUCGUUGUCCAGUUGAAGCAUGUUCACAUCUUUGUUUGCUCAUACCUGGAGGUUACAGGUGUGCCUGUCCAGAUGGUUCACCUAUGUCUGUCAUUGGAGUGAUGUCAUGUAAUGCAGGGAUGGAGUUGCCAAAGCCUCAACCGUAUCGCUGUCCUUGUAGACAUGGUGGUAUUUGUUUUGUUGAAUCUUCAAAAAAUAAAGUGUCAUGUGUAUGUCCUGAGAAUUACAGUGGUGUUCAUUGUACAGAUUUUACUCCUGAUAAAAAAGCUCAGGCGAUUAGGGGUAGCAGUGUUGCUGCAAUAGUUAUUCCCAAUAUUCAUAAUCUUACUGGUUUCUUAUUGCUGGCGUGGGAGUUUUCUAUGUCUUCCGAAAGAGACAUUUAAAACCUGGUGGUUUCGGUGGUAGUAGCCAAAGUGUCUCUUUUAGAAGUGGAACAAAUGUUGAAUUCUCUCCAACAAUUAUGGGACGCAAUGGUCCAUCAGAAAUGGCAACAGAAGAACCUCUUGAUACUCAUUUCAACCUA